AUAAUAAUACCUCUACUGAUGCAGAAUAUAUAUCGAUAUAUACAGUUGCCGGCUUUAUAAUAAAAAUAAAUAAGACCAUAUGACAAAAUGUCACUAUUUCCAAUAUCAAGUCGAUUAAUAAACAAAUUGCUUAUUAAAAAUCCCAUAAAUUAUUGCCAAAUCGCAACUGCGCUGCGUCCCAAAAAAAGCAAGUCCACACGGAAAGAGGCACAAUACUUUUCGGAUGCGAAACGAGUUCGAACUAUAGGUGGCAAAGGAGGCGAUGGCUGUGUAUCAUUCCUACAGCUGUGGUGCAACGAACGCGCCGGCCCCGAUGGCGGAGAUGGCGGUAAUGGUGGCCAUGUCAUCUUCCAGGCCUCAAAUGAUGUACGCAAUUUUAAUCAUGUGAACAGCGUUCUAAAAGCCACUGAAGGAGGAAUUGGUAAUGCUAAGGAAUGUCAUGGCAAGAAUGCCAAACAUACGGUGAUUAAAGUGCCCGUGGGAACAGUCGUACGCAAUGCACAGGGUCUGAUUGUGGCCGAUUUGGGAACUGUGGAGCUAAUGUUUGUGGCUGCUCGUGGUGGGGCGGGUGGCAAGGGAAAUCGUUUCUUUACCACCGACAAAGAGACCAGUCCCAAGGUGUGUGAGUAUGGACCUCCCGGCGAGGAUUGUAGCUAUAUGCUGGAGUUACGCAGUAUGGCUGAGGUGGGUCUGAUUGGUUUUCCAAAUGCCGGAAAGAGUACGCUACUAAAUGCGUUAACGCGUGCCAAGCCAAAGGUGGCGCCCUAUGCCUUUACAACGCUUCGACCACAUCUGGGCACCGUGCAAUACGACGAUCAUGUCCAGUUGACCAUUGCCGAUUUGCCUGGCCUGGUGCCGGAUGCGCAUCGUAACAAGGGAUUAGGCAUACAGUUCUUAAAGCAUGCCGAACGCUGUACCUUGUUACUCUUUGUGCUGGAUGCUAGCGCACCGGAACCUUGGAUGCAGUACAAACAGCUCAUGUAUGAGCUGGAGCAGUUUGGUGGUCGACUGGCGAAACGUCCACAACUGGUUGUAGCCAACAAAAUGGAUAUGGAAUCCAGUGCGAGUAACUUUGAGCAAUUGCAUCAGCAGCUGCAACAGCCCGAACUGCUUGGCAUCAGCGCCAAAAUGGGACACAAUCUGGCUCAACUUCUCAGCAACAUACGCGUCGCCUACGAUCGACACAAAGCGCAACAACAAUAA